GAGAAGAAGAAGAAGAAGAAGAAGAAGAAGAAGAAGAAGAAGAAGAAGAAGAAGAAGAAGAAGAAGAAGAAGAAGAAGAAGAAAAGGAAGAGGGUGACCAGCAACUGAAAACCGAGAAACUUGGUUCGUGGCAAGUCCACGCGUCCGGUCCUGGUUAAAUCGAUAGAAACAACGUGAAAGUAGUUCAAAUUGUUGAAUAGUUUUAUCAGAUGUAAACAGCUGGUGUUGACGUCAAAGCUAAAAUGAACUGAGCUUCGAACUUUCCAUUCAAACAGCCCUUGUGUAGGCGUUUGCCCAGUUUUAUGAAUGAAACUCUUCCUUACUACGCCAGACACGUAUAGUAAUGGCUUGAUGCUGCAGAAGGAGAAACAAACUGGACUGGUCAAGGAAAGAGAAAAUAAAGAGAAACGCCACUUUAGUAAUGAGUGAACUUAUGAAUGUCGCUGUCGACGAUGAAAGUUGGGGAGAAGUUGUCCAUUUAGAGGGUCAGAUGAGAAGAGCUGAGAGAUGUUACAUCAACGAAUUGCCGGGUGAACUCAUAGCGAGGAUCUUCCAGUACUUUCAUCCUGUAGAGGACCAGUUGUCCCUUUUGGCUUUUGUUUGUCGUAAAUGGCGAGACGUAUUAAAACAUACAGCUACACUGUGGCGAUCAUUACAUAUUAACCCGACACGGUAUAGCUACUGGCACUUUAGCCUCGUCUGUUCUAUAUUUCGUGUUUACGGACAUCACAUACAGAAACUAAUAUGGAGAGAACAGUCACCAGUCUACGAAAGUGUAUUCUCUCUCAUUCCCCGCUUGAGGAAUCUGCGUUAUCUUCGUCUACCAAUUUUGUGGACAAGAGCCGUCGUUGAGAGCCUGGCACCUCUCAGUAAUAUGGAACAGGUCCAAAUCAAUGGAGGUUUCUCUCUUACGGAUGGCGAUCUUUUACAGAUAGCACGUUAUUUUCCAUACUUGAAAGAAAUCUCCCUGAAUGCCUGUUGGCAAAUAACAGCAGAUGGAGUACUGAGGUUCCUGGAGAUAUUGCCCGAGUUGGAAUCAGUCAAGUUCAAGAUCAACUCUGGUCUUUCGUUGAAUGAUGUACGUAGUGAGAGAGCAAUGAGCGAAGGAGCUAGAAUUAUUCAGAGUGUGGCUGAUUCAGAAUUUUCGAGUCUUGUCACUGUUUUGUGUCUACAUUUUGUACCAAUUGAAAUGGAAGAAUUGUGGGAUUUGGUGAAGAAAUUUCAGAACUUGAAGAAACUUUGUAUCAGCAAUUGUGAGCAUCUCCAUGGUAUCCGUCUCUUAAGUUCUUCCCUUCAAAAGCUCUAUCUUUACAACUUGUGGAAUGUUGUGUUUGUCAGCGUCGAGGCCGACUCUUUACGUGUGACAGAAAUCGACUAUGGUUUAGAAUCAAUUGAACAUUUGGAGCUUUUCUCGUCCAAACUUCGUCGGGUGGCUGUCAAUGGCAGUGAUGUGUUACGGACAUUAAAUAUUCGUAGUCAACGCCUCACCAUAUUGGAAUUAUCUUACUGUGAAGAAAUCGAAAUGAAUAGCUUGAAAGAAACACUUCAAAAUAAUCCUUCGAUUAUCUGCUUGAAACUUGGUUGUAUCUCACAAGACAGCUUGACUUUAGAUGAAUUUACCAUUCCUAAUGUACAAGAACUGUGUCUGUUGGCUGAUUUUGCUUGUGAAACACUUCACAUAAGAAGCCCUACCUUACGUCUACUCCACACAGAAUCGGAGAGUGAUAUUAUUACAGUGAGUCAUGUCUAUAUCAUAGCUAACCAUUUAUGUAAAGUAGCUUUGAUAGGUCUACCUUCCUUAAAGACAAUGACUAUCCAGUGCGUCAGCGUAGAUUCUAUAGAACUCAACCUCUGUAGUGACGAUCAACUGGUGUUAGAUUCUUGUGUCAUCCAAGCUCUCACGGUCGUUGGUUUCUUACGGUUCUUUGACUGUAAACUCAACUUGCUUUCUAUCUGCACUCCCUUAGCAAGAACUAUUGUCCUUUAUCGCUGCCAAAUGACAGAUUAUGUCCUGCAAAUGGCGCUGAUUGGCUGUUCAAACAUAGCACAUUUGAAUUUGGAAAAAUGUCGCAAUUUGGAAAAAGUCGCAAUUCAACAGUGUCUGCUGCGCUAUUUAAACAUGUUUGGCUGCAGUCAGUUGCAACAGCUGUAUCUCGACUGUCCAGAACUGUUAGCUCUAAAUCUUGGUGAAUGUGCAGAAAGUAUACGGUUAUUCCUGAAAGGAAUAGAACAAGAUUUAACUGAACUUUGUUGUCAAAAAUAUGUAGUUUUUCCGCAUGAAUCAGUUAGAUGGACACACAGUUUUCCUCCUCAGAUUUAUGCCUUCAACUAAUUUAUUUGAGGAGAGAAAAUAUUUCUUUAGGAAAUCUAAUAUAUUUUCAUUUCAGUUAUUAAAAGAAAACAGUUGUGAAAAUUGGUGAGUUAAGUAAAUGUAGCAUUUAAACAGAAUAGAUUACACUUGUAUGUAAGAAGGUUGAUGUUGAGUAUCUGAUAUAGCUGUGCUGUGACCCCACAACUAUGAUGUGUGUGUGUGUGUGUGUGUGUGUGUGUGUGUGUGUGUGUGUGUGUGUGUGUGUGUGU